GCAGUGCGGACACUCGUACAUGCAAUAAAAUAAUAAAACAAAAUGGUUGUUGAAUGGAAAAAAAGAUGUGACAAUUAUCAUUUGGGACAUUUUUUCUUGGAUUACAUGCGGAAGAGAGGAAAUGAACUUUGUCAAAUAGAUGCAGCAACAGGCGAAGAAGAGACAUGUGCGUCAGUGUUGUCCCGCAGCAUUCGCCUGGCUCAAUGCCUCAGGUCGAUCGGCCUGGUACCGGGCGAUACCAUGGUGAUAAGCGGGAGGAACCACCUUGACGCACACAUACCUUUCUACGCGGCGAUGAUGAACGGGUUGCCGGUAGCCGGGCUCGACCCGGCAUUUAAAUGCAAUGAGUUGAAGCAUUAUUUCACCUUAAUAAAACCUAAAAUAGUUUUCUGCGAAUACCCAAUGUUUGAAGAGUAUAAAAAUGCGAUAGAAGAACUGAAUCUAAACACAACGAUUGUUACUUUUGGCGACGGCGAUAACUCCAUGGCAAAAUUCAUGGAAAAACAUAAAGUUUCGCAGCCAGAGAACGAGUUUAAGGUCGCCGUUUUCAAUACCGACGAGGUGUAUUGCUGGCUUGUCAGCACAAGUGGAAGUACUGGACGGUCGAAAAUAGUGGCUCUCUCACACCCCCACGUACUUCAGAUGAAAGAGUUCUAUAGCUAUGACAAACCUAAGAAUGGUGAGCGUAAAACAGCUUUGAACCUAUCGAAUCUCCUCUGGAUAUCAGGUUGCUACAACGCUCUAACAAUGCCAAUCAACCACAUUAAGGUCCAGUCGUCUGCUCCGUUGACUAUAGAAAGUAUCCUUGAUAUGAUUAAUAAGUAUAAGCCCGGAGCAACUUUAUGCACGCCAACUGCAAUAGCGCCUUUGCUACACCACAAAAAACAUCGUGACUUCACGAGCUUCGACGUUAUUAAGACCGGAGGGAGCAAAGUCCACAAAGAACUGCUGACAAGCCUUAAGGCCAGAGUACGACCAGAUACUGUGAUUCAACAAGGUUAUGGGCUGUCUGAGUCUGGUGGUGUGGUGUUGGAGCAACAUCCUGAAGACCCCAUUGCAAGCGUUGGGACACUUGACCCUAAGUAUGAAGCAAAGUUAGUGUCACCAGAAACCGGAAAAGAAAUACUGGAACCAAACGCCACAGGAGAAUUGUUUAUAAGAGGUCCAACCAUGGCAUGUUAUUAUAACGACCCAGAGGAGACGAAAAACGUUUUUACUGAAGAUGGGUAUUUAAAAACGGGCGACUUGUUUUAUAAAGAUGAGAAUGGUUACUACUACUUUGUGGAUAGACUCAAAAUGCUUCUGAAAUAUAAAAGUUACCAGGUAGUUCCUCCAGAAGUAGAAGAAGUGAUAUUAAAACACCCAGGAGUAGCAGAUGUGUGUGUGACAGGCAUCCCACACCCGAACGAUGGUGAACGAGUGGUAGCUUGCGUGGUGAGGAGACCAGGGCAUCAUGUCACCGCUGAAGAUAUCAAGGAAAUAGUUGCAAAAAAUCUAUCGCCUUUCAAACAUUUACACGGAGGCGUUGUGUUCCUGGAUGCUCUCCCGACCACAACUACUGGCAAGGUAGCUCGUCUUGAAGUCAAGAAACUGGUCCUUACAGCACAUAGGGAAUAAGUAUGUACUUACUAGAAAAUGAUUCAUGUUAUUUAUUAAUGAAGAAAAUUCAUUUAAUUAUAUGUACAAAUAAGUUGGACAGAGAUACCUUGUUGGCAGAAGCAAAAUCUAACAUUACCGAAAUUUAUAACUAUCUUCUCCACUGUUCAUCAUCCAAAGAUUUAACUCCAUUGGCCUACAACUAAAUUUUGAUAAGUGUGAAUUAUUCAUUCAAAAUUCCUGUAUUAACAAAGAUGACGUUGUUCAAAAAUUCAACUCUCUCGCGCCUAAUAUAAAGUUACUCGACAAGAGUAACCUUUGCCUCCUAGGAUCCCCCAUCUUCGAAGAAAAUUUUCCUAGUUAUGUUCAAAAUUGCGUUUCCAAAUUCGAAGAACACUCUCAUCGUUUGCUCCAAAUUAGCCCUCACUACGCUUUGACUGUUAUAAAGUUUUGCCUAUUCGUCCCGAAAUUAACUUAUGUGCUUCGCUGCUGCACCCUUUGGAAAAAUCAAAAUCUUCUUUCACAAAUAGAUAUUAUAAUUAAAAUUAACCUAGAAUCCGUCCUAAAUAUAAAACUCAGCGAGCAGUCUUGGACCCAGGGAUCCCUUCCCAUCCGGCACGGUGGGUUGGGGAUCCGCAAAAUUUCCAGUGUGGCAUUACCAGCUUUUUUGUCGUCAGCUCAUAGCUCGUCCAGUCUCAUAGGAAAAAUCCUACGAACAAACUGUGAGGCUGCGGGCUUGGCUGACGCCAAAAAUGCUUGGUCAAUUGCUUGCCCCAGUCAAAAUUUUCCCGAAUAUCCAAAUUCUCAAAGGAG